UAGAAGCUCGAGCCUGACGCCGCUGAAAAGGCAACUGCACUUUCCUUAAUCUAAGACCUAAGGAAAUUCUCUUUGACCGACACAUGCUUCGAGCUCUGUUACAAGCUGAAGAGAAAAUCCAAGCAGAUUAAAAAAACCACAAAAAACUUGGAUCAUUGUUUUGGCCUUGUACAAGAGAACAGAAGACAAGCUGUGAUGCUUUGCAUGUCAAGUAGCUACUGAGCUGCUUGGCAGCUUCUGGAUUCCAGCCCCACUGGGAAUGAGGCAGUGCAGGAAACCAUGAGUAAUGAGUCCUGUGGUCUGCUUCUGCUGCUAUAACACCAUGGCAGGCAGUCCAUGAUCCAACAGGAGGAUCUAUCCUAGGAAGGCAGCACUGGAAUUGGUAAUUUAUUCCCUGAGAAAGGAGAGGAAAAACCUUUGGGAAAAUACAGUUGGUGGAUAACAUGUAAAAACAAGUCCACACACAUUGGGAUACUGAUGCAUUCUCGCUGGGUUUGUGCAUCCACUUGGAGAAGGGUUUUUUGACAUUUUUCCCCCCACUCCAAAGUUGGUAAUGUGGGGUUUUGGUAACAUUUCUGCUGACUCAUACAUCCCUAGACAGCUCUUGCUAAACCAAGUUGAUAAGUGAGUAAGUCUAUUGGUGCCUUCUUUUUUGCUGAAGAUCUCUUGCAGUUCAGCCAAGAUUGACCACCCAACACGUGGGUCAUUCCUUGUAGGGGAUCCCAGCUCACACGUGCAUCUUGGGCACUCACAACCUGGGCCUCUCAUGCUAGGGAGGCAUUUACAAUAACCACAGUGUAAAGGGCAAAUAAGAGUGAGCCAACUGUCUAGCGUGAGAGGUGACUGGAAAGAUUUUACCCUGUCUGCUCCAGCCCCCCUCCCACCUUUCCCCCCUCCACACCCCCCUCUUCCCCGCCCAACCCCACAAAACAUGGGGGCUGUGCUCCUCAAGCAUGGGGGCUGUCUCCUGCUGUGGCUGGCCCUGCUGCUGGGCUGCUGGGCUGAGCUUGGCAGUGGCCUGGAGUUCCCAGGGGCUGAGGGCCAAUGGACCCGCUUUCCCAAGUGGAAUGCCUGCUGUGAGAGUGAAAUGAGCUUCAAUAUGAAGACACGCAGCUCUAGUGGGUUGGUCCUCUAUUUUGACGAUGAGGGGUUCUGUGACUUCCUGGAGCUGAUCUUGACCCAAGGGGGGAGGCUUCAGCUCAGCUUCUCUAUCUUCUGUGCUGAGCCUGCCACCCUGCUGACUGACACAGCUGUAAAUGACAACCUCUGGCACACAGUGGUCAUCCGCCGCCAUUUUAAGAACACAACACUACUCAUUGACCAGACCGAGGCAAAGUGGGUGGAAGUGAAGUCCAAGCGGCGUGACAUGACUGUCUUCAGUGGCCUCUUCUUGGGUGGGCUCCCACCUGAGCUCCGCUCAACAACCCUGAAACUGACACUUUCCUCGGUGAAGGACCGGGAGCCAUUCAAGGGCUGGAUAACUGAUGUCAGGGUCAACUAUACACAGACCUCACCUGUGGAGAGUCAGGAGGUGCGGCUGGAUGAUGAGCAGAGCCGCCUGUGCGCCAGGGAUGAUGUUUGCCUCAACGGUGGCAUCUGCUCAGUGCUCAAUGACCAGGCUGUCUGCGACUGCUCACAAACUGGCUUUCGGGGGAGGGACUGCAGUGAAGAUCUAGCUGCAUAUUUCAUAGAAAGGAAAGGAAGAAAGACGAAGAUGCAGCUGAGGACAAAAAGAGAACAAGAAGAAGAAAGUGAAUUAAAUAACAUGAGGGAAGGAGGAAAAAUACAAUACAGGGAAGGAUACAAGAAGGGAACCAUAUGA